CCCCCCCCCCCCAAACCAGUCCUCUGGUCGCGCAGGCUCUGACGGACGGCGAUCCAGCGGCGGCACCGUUCAAGAGUGGAGCCUGGCACCCCCUUCCCCUCUUUACCCCUUGCUCUUCAAACUCACACUCACGACUGGUGCACGCGCUGCACGUCUCACCCAGCACCCAGUUGCAGUCCAGUCAUCCCCCCCCUCUCUCUCUCUCCUCCAUCAACUCUUCAAUCUCCAACAACAACCCCACUGCAUCCUCCUCUCGGCCCCCAUCGCUGUCGCCGACAUGGACAACUAUCCAGAAGGCGUCUACGGCGGGUCAGAACUCGACUACCGAUCUCGAUACCCUUCAGUGGGCUACUCAUCGGACCCAGCACCUCAGAACUCGGGACAGCCAACACCUCCACCACUUCUCAUGCACGCGUCUUCAUCUUCGAACGGCGGCGGCGUCACAUCACCCUCUGAUCAGGUGUCUAUUGGGUCAAGCACGGUACCAACCCCCGGCCCCGGGCAACCGGGCCCGCGUCGUAUGUCGACGUCGUCGCGUUUCGAGGACAAGGAUGAGCCGCCCAUGACCUUGGAUGAAGGCAUUCUGAACGCACUGUACGACAUGGACUGUGCACUGCCUCUUCUUGCAGACCGAAUAAAGCAAAGCAUUGCAUCAUGCAAGCAAGUGGGAACCUUUUUCAGACAACGUGCCGACAUCGAGGAAAAGUACGCACGAAGCCUUAUGGACGGCGCACGCACCUCGAACGAUGUUUACGCCAAGGCAGACUGCAAGGCUGGCACCUUUGUGGCUUCAUAUCAGGCUGCUCUGCGACUGCAAGAUCAGUUGGGGCAGAAUCGAAUGAGAUUCUCGCAGCGGUUGAACGAGAUGAGCGAGGAAAUGUUCACUUUGAGUCGAGAAGGAGAUCGGCAUCGCAAGCAGCACAAGGACAAUGGCACACGGUUGCAGAGUACCUUGCAGGAUAGCGAAUCGGUCAUGGACAAGGCCAAGGCGCGCUUUGAUCAGACGGCCGAGGAGUUGGAACGCAUUCUGGUAGCAAAGGAAGGAGAAAGCUUCCGCGAUGCGGGCAUGCGCUCGACUAACGCUGCGAAUGCGGCAGCAGGGAACGGUCUUCCACCCACCGGCGGCAAGAAGGGCAUUGGGAAGGCGAUGACCAAGGGCUUGUUCAAGGGCAAGAACCCAGCGCAGAUGGCCAAACAUGAGGACGAUGUACGCGCUCGCAUGACGCUGGCGAGUGAAGCUUUCCGCAAGGCGUGUGUCGAUAGCCAGAAGUUGCGCAAAGAGUAUUUCGAGACACAUUUGCCCAAGAUCAUUCGCGCUCUUAAAGACUGCGCAGACGAGCUCGACAAUGGGAUGCAGUAUCACCUUACGCGGUACGCGUACAUGUAUGAGUCGACGGUGGUGCAAGAGGGUAUCCACCUCAGUCCGCGUGACCCAGAAGAAGCGGGUAUGAAGGCCACCUUUGACUCGAUUGACAACCGUUCCGACUUCAAGGCAUAUAUGCAAAACUACGCUGUUGCCCGUAACACACCCAGAGGGCCCCGCCGCGCUGGAUUGUACGAUGAAGGCUACGUUCCAGCAGUGCCCCAUCUUCAACAGCAACAGGAGCAGCAAUCGUCGACACAACAACAACAGGUGCAGCUGCCAUCCGCCCACUCAUCCUUGGUGUCCCAAGCACCUCCCCAGUUGCCACCCAUCUCGAACGGGAACGGCAGUUUGCCUCAGCCCCCAUCUCAGGGCGGGCCAUCGCCAGCGUCGACUGCGGACAUGUACGUCAGUCCGGGCAUUCCGGCCAGCUCGGGGGCCACCUUUGGUGUGGACCUCGGGGACCAGCUCGCUCGCGAUGGCACAGAGGUGCCAAAGGUGGUCGUCAAGUGUGCCGAGGCGAUCGAAGCAUACGGCCUCGACUCAAUCGGCAUCUAUCGAUUGUCGGGGACGACGUCGAAGGUGACGGCACUGAAGAAUGCUUUGGACAAGGAUAUAGACGCAGUCGACAUUAUGGACGAGGCAUGGAGCUCGGACAUCAACGAGGUGUCUGGCGCACUCAAGCAAUGGUUCCGCGAGCUCCCCGAGCCGCUGCUCACCUAUGGCCUGUAUCACGGGUUCAUUGAGGCGGCGAAGAAGGAUAAUGAUCGUCUUCGUCAUAUCAGACUACAUGAGCAGGUUAACGACCUCCCGGACCCCAAUUACGCCACGCUCAAGUACUUUAUGGGCCACCUCGAUAAAGUGCGCCGCCAUGAGGGAAUCAAUCAGAUGUCGGCAUCCAAUCUGUCGAUCGUCUUCGGGCCGACACUACUCGGCGCGCCGCCGGAGGAGGGCGGUCUCAAGCUGGAGGACAUGAGCUACCAGUGCAAGGCCAUCGAGACUAUUCUGGACAAAUACCAGGAGAUCUUCGUCGAGGAAGAGGACGAAGCCGAGGAUGGCGCUGCGCAGGCGCAGCAGUAGGCGGAUAGCAGACAGGUCGGCGUCAACAUACGACGCGUGUGUAUGUCAGAGUACAGUUGGAUGCACCAGGUGUUUCAUUUUUA